AGACGUGUUUUAGAACCCGUCCGAGUUAUCCAUAAGGGAAAAAAAAAACCCAAAAAGAACCCGUCCGAGUUGCAGUCUUUCUAAAACCCUUGUUGAACCUCCUCCUUUCUUCCUUGGACUACUACCCUCUUCUUUAUUUGACAGUCUCCAAAUCGCUGAAUGGGUUCAGUAGCUGCUAGAUUCAUCAAGUUAUGGAGAUUUCCCGGUAUUUCCAGACCAGUCUCUUCAUUUGAGGUUGGCAUACAAGGAAGCUCUAAGUUGUGCUACUCAACAGUGUCGGAUGUUGAGGCAACUGAGAAAGAUGGAAAGAACAAUAAUGAAGCUCAAGAUGAUGAUUUUUUUGUAGCUGAAAUCCCAGAGUUACAGAGCGUGGAUCCCAGGAGGGGGAGGCGUUUCCGUGGAGUCCAUAAGGCUAUUUUAUGCGGAAAAGUUGGGCAAGAUCCUGUGCAGAAGAUCUUGCGAGAUGGCCGAACUGUAACCAUAUUUACUGUUGGGACAGGGGGCAUGUUUGAUCAAAGAAUAGAGGGAGCAAGGGACUUGCCAAGACCUGCUCAGUGGCAUCGAAUUGCUGUGCAUAAUGAACAUCUUGGGGCUUACGCAGUGCAACAACUUGUCAAAAACUCUCCAGUUUAUGUCGAGGGUGACAUUGAAACUAGAGUGUACAAUGACAGUAUUAAUGGGGAAGCUAAAAAUAUUCCAGAGAUAUGUGUGCGUUAUGAUGGUACGUUUUGUGCAUUUUGUUUUUCUUAUUGCUAUGAUUAUAAUGUCAUAUUGUCAUGUUAUGGAGUGUUCAUGUAUUACAAAGGCUAUUAUAGAGAUUAGAAGUUACAAAUGGUCCAUUGAGUGGUAACCAUUUAUUCGAAUGCUCAAGUACCAGAGGUAUUUGAUUCCAUGUUCAGGUUAAGGUCCUCAAUUACUUCUUCUUGUGAUUUUUUUUAAGUCAUUUUUUCCAUUGCUAUGGUUUAACUUACAGAUCCUUUAGUUCCAUUUUGCCUUCAUUAUGGCGAGGAAUAUCUUCAUCUAUCAUGACAGAAAAUACUCAAGUGCUAAUAGGUGCUAAUAGCCUGAUGAGCAUUGUUAGAAUAUUUUAGUCUUUAUCCCACAUCGGGUAGUUGAGUUAUGUAAUAAGUCAUUGGAUAAUAUAAAUAAAGUUCUCUCAUGUGAGAGAACCAAACAUAUCGAA